AUGCAGAAGGAGACACAAGCUGGAUUAGAACAUGAUAAAACACUUGAUAUCCAUAUGGACAUGAAUGCCCCUAUCAUCAUCAUACCUGAACAUAUCAUGGCUAAACAAUGUGCACAUAUGAUUUUGGAUGCUGGCCACAUUGCAAUCCAAAGUGGUCUCAUAGAAAAGAGCACACUAGCAGAAAUUGAUGCGAAAUGUUCUCAGCAAUACAGCAAAGAAGAUUAUAAACAGCUACAGUCCCAUAUGUACGAUUUUUUUUUCUUGAAGCUCCAAUCCACCCACCUCCUGAUUGGCCUCAAUCUAUUCUCAUGCAUGUCAGCACUUUGA